UUCCUUUUUGCCCUGUAUUCCAUUUUAUGAUUAGGAGCUGGUGAAGCUCACUAUUGAGAAGCAAGAACACCCGUCCCCCACAAGCCCCGUUAAACCCAGCAUACCUGCUUCUUCAACGGACAGCCCUUCGGAGCUUCCCCUGACAGAUCGUGAGAUGGAGAUUCUCAACAAGACAACAGGGAUUGCUCAGACGGCGGAGAUUUUGACGGAUCCUAUGGACGAAGAAGUCGCCCCUCCCAAGCCUCCCCUUCCCUGCAUCCGGGUCGCUGAAAACAGCCCUCCUCCUGCACUGCCGCCGAAGAAACGCCAGUCGGCGCCAUCUCCCACUAGAGUGGCUGUUGUGGCACCCAUGAGCCGGACCACCAGUGGGUCCAGUUUGCCAAUUGGAAUAAAUAGGCAGGAUUUUGAUGCGGACUGUUACGCGCAGCGGAGGCUGUCAGGAGGCAGCCAGUCCUAUGGCGGGGAAUCCCCCCGCCUCUCGCCAUACAACAGCAUGGGCAAGCUCAGCAAAUCCGAUGAGCAGCUCUCCUCGCUGGACUGUGACAGCGGGCAGUGCUCCCGCAACACAAGCUGUGAAACGCUAGAUCAUUAUGAUCCAGACUACGAGUUCCUGCAGCAGGACCUCUCGAAUGCCGACCAGUUACCUCAGCAGGGGCCCACCGCCCUCAGCCCUUUGCCAGAGUCUCUGGGGGAGGCCGGCUCCCCGUUCUACGGACGCACUUUCCAGCUGCCAGUGGCGGCCGCUUUGGCUGCUGAGGUCCCUCCGGCUCUCCCAGAGAAGAAGAGGAGGGGGACAGUCAACCCUACUUUUGAUACUUCCGGCUGCCGUGUCUUGUUCGAGAGGCACCCCUCGCAGUAUGACAACAUUUCAGAGGAUGAUCUGCACAACCCCACCCUGCUCCCCCCUAUGACCAUCACGCCUUUUGCCACCGUGCUGCCCUUCCAGCCAGGGAACUCCCCAGCCCCCGUUGAAUUCCUCACUGACUUUCUCAUUCCGGACUCCACUAGUGACUCUGAGAAACCGCCACCUCUGCCAGAGAAGAAAAACAAACACAUGAUGGCCUAUAUGCAGUUUGUAGAGGACUACUCAGAACCACAGCCUUCUAUGUUCUACCAGACACCGCAGAAUGAACACAUCUACCAACAGAAGAACAAGCACCUGAUGGAGGUUUAUGGGUUCAACGACUCCUUCAGCAGUGCUGACUCUGGGCAGGAUCUUGCUCCACCCCCUGCCCUCCCACCAAAACAGCGGCAGUUGCAGGCCUCUUUUGCUGCCUCCUCCUCCUUCUCCUCUGUCUCCUACUGUGUCCAGCCACCUAAAGUGCCCAUCGCCACCGAGGACAUCGGCACGGCUCAGGGCCUCACUAUGUCCAUCUCUAAUUCCUUCCUCCACCAGCAUAGCACCCUUCCUGUGCACUCGUACAAAUCGGUGUUCAGGUCUUUCUCCCAAGACUUUGUGCCUCGCAGCCAAGUUUCCAUCCCUCCUUUUCUCUCAUCUGCCUCCGCCGCCUCCUCCCUGCCUCUGUGCUUCCCACCUGCACACCAGUCUCCGAACUCUGACCUGGCGGCAGGGUCUGCCGCAGCCGGCCAGCCUCUCGGCCUUGCAGAUGGCGGGGUUACCUCUUCCUCUCAGGAGAGCAGCUUUAGUGGGACUGCUUCUGUCUGCCUUCCUUCUGAAACCUCUUUCACUGAUUCUAUCCAGACAUCUUCGAGUGAAAACGCCAGUGAGGAGGCAGGGGAGGGUGAAUACGUCAAUCUGUAUUCCUCCAGUCAGAGCAACGGGGAACUCCCUCACUCUGAAGGAGAAUCCCCAGCAAUAAAAGACUGUCAUGCCAAGGACUCUGCUUCUCUGAGCAGCACCCAAGGGAAGGAGAACCAAGAUGAGAGUGAAAGGCAACAGAAGUCAGCAGAAUCUUCAGAGUCUUCCCAACCGGAGGAGGAAGUAGAUGAACUGUCCUUGACUGACCACAAUGAAAUCAUGGCCAGGUUGACAUUGAAGCAAGAGGGCGACGACGGACCAGAUGUUCGUGGUGGUUCGGGCGACAUCCUCUUGGUCCACGCCACAGAGACCGACAGGAAAGAUUUGGUGCUGUACUGUGAGGCCUUUUUGACCACUUACCGCACGUUCAUCACACCUGAAGACCUCAUCAAAAAACUGCAAUACAGAUAUGAGAAAUUCUGCCACUGUCCAGACACCUUCAAGAAGCGAGUAAGCAAGAACACCUUCUUCGUCCUGGUCCGAGUUGUGGAUGAGCUGUGUUUGGUGGAGCUGACGGAGGAGAUCCUCAAGCUGCUCAUGGACCUUGUGUUCCGCUUGGUCUGCAAUGGGGAGCUCAGCCUUGCCAGAGUCCUGCGCAAAAACAUCCUUGACAAAGUGGAUCAGAAGAAAAUGCUGCGAUACACCAACUCGAUCAAACCUCUUGCGGCUCGAUGGGUGGCAGCCAGACCAGGGACCCUCCACGAUUUCCACAGCCAUGAGAUAGCAGAACAACUGACCCUCCUGGAUGCAGAGCUCUUUUAUAAAAUUGAGAUCCCUGAAGUUCUGCUUUGGGCAAAAGAGCAGAAUGAAGAGAAAAGCCCCAACUUGACACAAUUCACCGAGCACUUUAAUAACAUGUCGUACUGGGUCCGCUCAAUAAUUAUGCAGCAGGAGAAAGCCCAGGACCGAGAGAGGUUGCUCCUGAAGUUUAUAAAGAUCAUGAAGCACUUACGAAAGCUCAACAACUUCAACUCCUACUUGGCUAUACUCUCUGCCCUGGAUUCAGCACCCAUCCGGAGGCUCGAGUGGCAGAAACAAACCUCAGAGGGUCUGGCUGAGUAUUGCACUCUGAUUGACAGUUCUUCCUCCUUCCGGGCAUACCGAGCUGCCCUCUCAGAGGUGGAGCCGCCUUGCAUACCUUACUUAGGUCUCAUACUGCAAGACUUGACCUUUGUCCACUUGGGGAAUCCGGACUACAUUGAUGGCAAAGUCAACUUCUCCAAGCGCUGGCAGCAGUUCAACAUCCUGGACAGCAUGAGGUGCUUCCAGCAAGUGCAUUACGACAUCAAACGGAAUGAUGACAUCAUCUCAUUUUUCAAUGACUUCAGCGACCACCUGGCGGAGGAGGCCUUGUGGGAACUUUCGCUCAAAAUCAAGCCUCGAAACAUCACAAGGCGGAAGACAGACAGGGAGGAGAAAACCUAGAGGGGAAGCUAAUGAAGGCCAUGGGCAAAAGGAUCACUGGGCGCCUGCACAGACGGCAGCUAUGAGACUUGGACCUGUGACCGGGCCACAUUCCCCCACCUCCUCCCCUCCUGGGCCCAGCCCAGGGGUUGAGUUGUCUCAGCGGCAGCUGUGGGCUCCCUUCCCAUCAGGCCGCAGGGGAGAGUCACCAAAGCAGCGUCCUGCUCUCCUUCCUCAGUGCCAUAGAUGAGCUUUUCUGCCUGAAAAGGGAGCACACAGGAAAAGGGGUCAGGGUUUGUUUUGUUUUAGUGCCAGAGUGUUCCCACUUUUGCCAAAUCUGAACUUUUUUUUUCUUGCGCUCCUCGCACUGCAACACGACGAGAGGGAAGCGAAGUUGCUGCAUCUUGCGUUGAGCCAUGUAUUGACGUGCCCAUGGUCUCGCCCAGUGGGCAUUUAGCAUGUGUGAGGGAUGAAAAAUGGGUUGCCGUCAAGGUCAUAACCGAGGAGAACCAUUUUUCACAAUACUUCCCCACCCACAGACACUGGGAGGAAAAGGAAAAAGGAAAAAAGAGUGAAGUAACAUUCUACCCUUGCAAAGUCUUACAUGUUUACAGGGAUAUUUAAUCAAUCAAAUGGCCCCCAUCACCAAUGUGGAAAAGGAACAAGAUGGGCAGCUGCCCUCUGGACAGUAUGUCCACCACUGUCACCGCUUCCCCAAAUUCACCUGGAUCUUCUCCAAAUUCACCUGGAUCUUCCCCAAACUCACCUGGAUCUUCUC